AAGCAUGUUAUCAAGCCACGUGACAUCAUGGUCAUAGCAUGACGUCUCAUAUGCGUCUGGACAGAGAAAAUGGCGGAAGUGGAUGAGUUCAGUAAACCUAUGUUUGCAGGUCUGUCAGAUGUAUCCAUAUCAGGAGACAUCCCUGUUGAGGGUGAGAUCAAUGUGCCGGUUGGAACACCCAGUCAUGAUGACGAAUACUCCACACUGGAUGAACCUGUCAAAGACACCAUAUUACGAGAUCUGAAAGCAGUGGGGAAAAAGUUUGUUCAUGUGAUGUAUCCUAAGAAGAGUUCAACGCUACUGAGAGACUGGGACUUGUGGGGCCCAUUAUUGCUCUGUGUGACACUGGCUCUGAUGCUGCAGGGGGGUUCAGUUGACAGUAAGGAAGAUGGAGGGCCCCAGUUUGCAGAGGUGUUUGUGAUCAUCUGGUUUGGAUCUGUCAUCAUCACACUGAACUCAAAGCUGCUGGGAGGCACCAUAUCGUUUUUCCAGAGCCUGUGUGUGCUUGGCUACUGCAUCAUGCCUCUGACUGUGGCAAUGGUUGUCUGUAGGCUGGUGCUGCUGGGUGGGUCUGGGAUGGUCAGCUUCAUCGUUCGACUAAUUGUGGUCACAGCAUCAUUCAGUUGGUCCACGUUUGCCUCUACAGCUUUCUUAGCAGAUAGCCAGCCUUCUAAUCGCAAAGCUUUGGUGGUAUAUCCCGUCUUCCUCUUUUACUUCGUUAUUGGAUGGAUGAUUCUCACGUUCUCACCGUCUGCGUAACAGUGGACUUGUCUCUAAACUGAACUUAUCACAAUCCAUUUGGAAUAGAAGGAUACAAAUCAACACCAUGUAAUUUGUGGAAUAUGAGGACCAUGAUGUGUUGGAGGUACUCUUGGUGUAAAACGUUGUGCAUUUUCCUUUGGUGCCACAAGGAAAAUACUGAGAUUUGACCAAAGUGCACAGUGCUUUGCCUCUCUCUCUUUUUGUUUCCAUUAUUGUUAAGCUCAGCUAAGAAAUACAGUGGAGUACAAUGCAUACAAAAGAGUCUAAGUGAGGCUUUUCUGAUAUCCUUACAGGGACUAUCUGCUUGAUUAAACAGGCUCUCUGUGUCUCACAUGAAGAUAUUACUUCUAGUACACUAGCAGUAGUAAAGGGGACCAUGAGAUCUAUAUUCUAUGUGACAUGGUC